AUGGCCUCGUUUUUUGGACUCCCACCGCCGGGUCCGCUAGAAAUCCACGACGCACAGGCAUCAGACAGGUGGGAAAAAUUCUUGCUUGCAUGGAGGAGCUAUUCGCUGGCGACGGAAUUAAGCUAUAAAUCAGAGGCCGUACAAGUAGCAACGCUGCUCACAGUCACCGGAGAGGAGGCACGGGAUGUGUACUCCACCUUCAACUGGGAUGGCGACAACAAGAAUAAAAUCGAGCCGGUCUUGAAGAAAUUUGGCGAAUAUUGCGAACCAAGACGAAAUGUCCCGUUCGAGCGUUAUCGGUUCAAUCAGCGGGUACAAGAGCCCAGAGAGUCGUACAAUCAGUACAAAACCGCUCUCAGGAAACUCUCAGACGGUUUCGAAUUCGACCCCUUUCGGGCGCUACCGGUGGAAGCGGAUGCCGUUUGGAAUUUCCUCGGCACCCGAGGGCAUGUCGCGUCGGACAAAGGUCUAAGAGUAGAUCCCGACAAAGUCAGAGCAAUCACAGAGAUGCCUACCAUUACCGACAAGGCAGCUGUAAAGCGACUGUUGGGUCUAGCAGAAUAUCUAGCCAAGUUCCUCCCGCACCUGUCAGACCUGACGAAGCCCUUGAGGGACUUGACACAGAAAGAGGCUGACUGGGUGUGGGAUAGCCCUCAGCAGACCACGAUGGAGAAUCUAAAGGUAGCCAUCACGAGGACACCAGUAUUGCGAUACUACAGCUUGGAGGACGAGGUUACUCUUCUUUGCAACGCAUCUCAGACAGCCUACAAGUAUAAACGAGGGAAAGACAUGUUUCUCGCUGACACCCUAAGCCGCGCAUAUCUUCCAGAGGUUAACGCAUGCGAAUUUACAAGUGAGCUAGAAGAGGUCGAUCAGAGAGCGGGACUUGCAGUCACGGCGGCGCGAUGGCAGCAACUGAAACAUGCAGCGGCUGAUGAUCUGGUGCAGCAUGAGCUAGCCCUUCAAGAUGAGCUGAUCUUCAAAGGGCAACAGCUGGUGGUGCCUACGGUCUUAAGGAGAGAACUGAUCGAGAAAACACAUGCCUCGCAUAUUGGCAUAGAUGGUUGCAUACGCAGGGCCAGGGACACCCUGUAUUGGCCUCGGAUGGUCACCGAGAUCAAAGAGUACGUGGCUAAAUGCGAUAUCUGCCUAACGCAUAGCAAGAGUCAAGCAAAAGAGCCGAUGAGGCCGCACGAGUUCGUUGCGCGGCCAUGGUCUAAGGUUGCGGCUGACCUGUGUAGUUUGGACGGACGAGUGCUGUUAGUGGUCAGUGACUACUACAGCAAUUACAUCGAGGUGGCUCGCAUUGGCGCAGUAACUUCAAGGGCAGUAAUCAAAGAGUUGAAAGCUAUCUUCGCACGAUUUGGAAUUCCCGAAUGUCUAGUCACAGAUAAUGGGCCUCAGUUCAGUGCAGCUGAGUUUGCGGUAUUCGCGAAGACAUGGGCGUUUGAGCAUAAGACCUCAUCCCCGACAUAUGCUCAAUCCAAUGGUAAGGCGGAGAAUGCCGUACAGACAGUCAAGCGACUCUUUAAGAAGUGCAAAGCAUCUGGGGUGUAA